AUGCAUUCACUGAACUACAUCGUUUCGUGCCUCCUAUGGCCUGCCACACGUUUGUGGUCCCUUGGAGCUCGUCAGAUCGCCGACAUCAGAGCUAAUCCGAAGCUGGUCUCUCUGGCAGUCAAAUCCGGACUAGCAGCUACACUAGCCGCCGUGGUUUGCGUUCUUGAAGACCCCAUUCCAGACCUAUCAGAGAUUGGAAUAUGGGCUGUGGUGACAGUGGACCUCGUGUUCGAGCCCACUGUCGGAUCUUCACUAGGGAAAGGCAUCAACAGAACGGCUGGCACCCUCUUGGCAGCAGUUCUCGCAUUUGGUGUCAACCACGCCACACCUCACCUUGGGGAUGUGAAGCCUCUUUUCCUGGCCGUAAUUGUUUUUUUGGGUAGUGUCAUUCCGACUUACUACAGAUAUCGGCCGCCGUUCAAGGAUACGUGGAGUUAUUCCUUUCUCAUGAUGUCUCUCACCUUCCACAUCUUGAUAUUAUCUGGUUACCGUCAUGAGGACAAAUUCUAUUAUCCCUUGGCACGACUGGUGAUGAUCAUGCUGGGAUUCACAAGUGUGGGACUGGUGCACAUCUUCAUUCUGCCAGCAUAUUCUGGAGACCUCCUUCACAACCUUCUUGUCAGUAGACUGAAAUUAGUUGCAGCCGAGCUGGACAGGUGUGGGGACUGCUGCGUUUUGGAAGACACUCCUACAGACAGUGCAUUGGAGGCUUGCAGCAACAUCCUUUUUUGUCAAGCUGAAGUAGACAAGCAUCUAUCAGCUAUCCAAUUUGAACCACCACACGGAAAGUUCUUUCAUGGGUACCCUUGGAAGGCUUAUUGUGAAGUUCUGACCAGCCUUCAGAACUUUGCUCUCGCUGUUAUCACCAUAAAGUCAAGUAUUCGUGCUGCUUUUCAAGGCAAUGCCUCACUGAGGCAGGAUAUGGGUGUGGAGAUGAGGAACUUGCUGCAUGCGUGUUCAAGAGUCGUUAUGAUGCUAGCUGCAUCCAUGGAAAGUUUUAUUUGGGAAGGAAGACCAGCACUGGCUUUUCUGCACUCCCAGAACGACUUAUUGAAGGAGAAAGCUCUACACAGCUUGCAGCAGUGUGUACAUCUCAAGUCAGCAGCGGUAGCUGAAAGCGCGUUUGUCUCUUCAUGCUCUUGCUCAGACAUAAGCGUCAUGAGCCCAACUGCAGGGAGUACAGAAUUCAAGCUGCUGGACAGUUUACUCUCUCCACGCUUUGAUAUUCGCAUGGAGUAUCUGCGGCAGGCCAGGUGUUUGCACAGGGCCUGCUGA